UUGAUCUUCUAAACAUAUUUUAGGUCUAAACAACAUAGUACUUGUUGUUCUGUACUUCCCAGUAUAAAGAAUUUAUUAAAGUCUUUUUUUUUUUUUUACUCAAAAGCAGACAACAGCUUUGAAGUGUGAAGCAGAAAAGAGCAAUUUCUGAGCUGCAAAUACUAGUUUCCAAGCAGGUAAUUAAUUGUUAAAGCCAGUAUGGCCGCAGGAGGAGGUCCUUUUGAAGAAGGCAUGAAUGAUCAGGAUUUACCAAACUGGAGCAAUGAGAAUGUUGAUGACCGACUCAACAAUGUGGAUUGGGGUGGCCAACAGAAGAAGGCAAAUAGAUCAUCAGAAAAGAAUAAGAAAAAGUUUGGUGUAGAAAGUGAUAAGAGGGUAACUAAUGAUAUUUCUCCGGAGUCAUCACCAGGAGUUGGAAGACGAAGGACAAAGACUCCACACACAUUUCCACAUAGUAGAUAUAUGACUCAGAUGUCUGUUCCAGAGCAGGCAGAAUUGGAGAAACUUAAACAGCGGAUAAACUUCGGUGAUUUAGAUCAGAGAAGCAUUGGAAGUGAUUCUCAAGGCCGAGCAACAGCUGCUAAUAACAAACGUCAGCCUAGUGAGAACCGAAAGCCCUUCAACUUCUUGCCUAUGCAGAUUAAUACUAACAAGAGCAAAGAUGCUGCUCCAGGUCCUCAAAAGAGAGAAGUUACUGGCUCAGCACAAUGUAAAGAGUUGCUUGCUUCUGCUUUAAGUAAUGACCUUUUGCAAAACUGUCAAGUCUCUGAAGAAGAUGGGAGAGGAGAGCCUGCAAUGGAGAGCAGCCAGAUUGUAAGCAGGCUUGUUCAGAUUCGUGACUAUAUUGCUAAAGCUAGUUCCAUGCGGGAAGAUCUUGUAGAGAAAAAUGAAAGAUCUGCUAAUGUUGAGCGUCUUACGCAUCUAAUAGAUCACCUUAAAGAACAAGAAAAGUCGUAUCUAAGAUUUCUCCAAAAAAUCCUUGUAAGAGAUAUUCAGAGGGAACCUAUGGAAGAUAUAGAAAAUUUGAAGAAACAACAUGAUUUAUUAAAAAGGAUGUUACAGCAGCAGGAGCAACUGCGAGCUCUGCAGGGAAGACAAGCUGCUCUUCUUGCUCUGCAACAUAAAGCAGAGCAAGCUAUUGCUGUGAUGGAUGACUCUGUUGUAACAGAAACUACAGGAAGUCUAUCUGGAGUUAGUAUCACAUCUGAACUAAAUGAAGAAUUGAAUGAUUUAAUUCAGCAUUUUCAUAAUCAGCUUCGUGAUUCUCAGCCUCUACCUGUUCCAGAUAAUAGGAGACAGGCAGAAAGUCUUUCAUUAACUCGGGAGGUUUCCCAGAGCAGGAAUCCAGCAGUUUCAGAACAUUUACCUGAUGAGAAAGUUCAACUUUUUAGCAAAAUGAGAGUGUUACAGGAGAAGAAACAAAAAAUGGACAAACUGCUUGGAGAACUUCAUACACUUCGAGAUCAACAUCUCAACAAUUCAUCAUUUGUGCCUUCUUCAGCCUCUCCACAAAGGAGUGUGGACCAAAGAAGUACAACUUCAGCUCCCUCUGCUCCUGUUGUCAAUGGAGAAUCCAAUAGCCUCCCGUCAUCAGUUCCUUACCCUGCUGCUUCUCUGGUUUCUCAGAAUGAGAGUGAAAAUGAAGGCCAUCUAAAUCCAACUGAAAAACUCCAGAAGUUAAAUGAAGUUCGGAAGAGAUUGAAUGAACUAAGAGAAUUAGUUCAUUAUUAUGAACAAACAUCAGAUAUGAUGACUGAUGCUGUAAAUGAAAACACCAAAGAUGAAGAAACUGAAGAGUCAGAAUAUGAUUCUGAGCAUGAAAAUUCUGAGCCUGUUACUAACAUUCGAAAUCCCCAAGUAGCUGCCACCUGGAAUGAAGUAAACAGUAAUUCCAAUGCACAGUGUGUUUCUAAUAAUAGAGAUGGCAGAUCAGUUCGUUCUAAUUGUGAAAUUAACAACAGAUCUGCUGCCAACAUAAGGGCUUUAAACAUGCCUCCUUCUUUAGAUUGUCGAUAUAAUAGAGAAGGAGAACAGGGGAUUCCUGUUGCACAAGGUGAAGAUGAUGAUGAGGAGGAAGAAGCAGAAGAUGAGGGUGCUAGUGGAGCUUCAUUGUCUAGUCACAGGAGCAGUGUGGCUGAUGAGGCUCCAGAGGAUGCUGAAUUUGAACAGAAGAUCAAUAGACUUAUGGCUGCAAAACAGAAACUUAGGCAGUUGCAAGAUCUUGUUGCUAUGGUACAGGAUGAUGAUGCAGCAGAUCAAGGAGUUAUCUCUGCCAGUGCUUCACAUUUGGAUGAUUUCUACCCAGCAGAAGAAGGCACCAAACAAAAUGCGAAUAACAAUAGAGGAAAUGCCAAUAAAACACAGAAAGAUGCAGGAGUAAAUGAAAAGGCAAGAGAGAAAUUUUAUGAGGCCAAACUACAGCAGCAACAGAGAGAGCUUAAACAGUUGCAGGAAGAAAGAAAGAAACUGAUUAAGAUUCAAGAGAAAAUUCAAGCAUUGCAAAAGGCAUGUCCUGACCUACAGCUGUCAACCACUAGUGCAGGUAAUUGUUCCACAAAGAAAUAUAUGCCAGCUGUUACUUCAACCCCAACUAUUAAUGAAAAUGAAACCAAUGCAAGCAAACCUGUUUUUGAGCCUGACGAUUCUGCAGUAGUAAAUAAUGAGCUGUGGUCAGAAAUGCGAAGACAUGAAAUUUUAAGGGAAGAGCUGCGACAGAGAAGAAAGCAGCUUGAAGCUCUGAUGGCUGAACAUCAGAGGAGGCAAGGUAUAGCUGAAACUGUAUCUCCAGUGGCUGUUUCAUUGAGAAGUGAUGGAUCUGAAAACCUGUGCACUCCUCAACAAAGUAGAACAGACAAAACAAUGGCAACUUGGGGAGGUUCUACCCAGUGUGCACUAGAUGAAGAAGGAGAUGAAGAUGGUUACCUUUCUGAAGGAGUUGUUCGGACAGAUGAAGAGGAGGAAGAAGAAGAGCAAGAUGCCAGUUCCAAUGAUAACUUUUCUCUGUAUUCUCCUAACAGCAUGAAUCAUAACUCUUAUAGUAUAAAGGAAACUAAAAAUAGAUGGAAGAAUAAUCGCCGUUUUCCAGAAGAUGGAAAUUGUCGUCCAUUAGCCAAGACAAGACAACAGAAUAUCAGCAUGCAGCGUCAGGAAAACCUUCGGUGGGUGUCAGAACUCUCGUAUGUAGAAGAGAAAGAACAAUGGCAAGAACAAAUUAAUCAGCUAAAGAAACAACUUGAUUUCAGUGUCAGUAUUUGUCAGACUUUGAUGCAAGACCAGCAGGCUCUAUCUUGUCUGCUCCAAACUCUUCUCACCGGUCCCUACAGUGUUAUGCCCAGCAAUGUUGCAUCUCCUCAAGUGCACCUUAUAAUGCAUCAGUUGAACCAGUGCUACACUCAACUAACAUGGCAACAGAAUAAUGUACAAAGGUUGAAACAAAUGCUAAAUGAACUUAUGCACCAACAAAAUCAGCAUCCAGAAAAACCUGGAAACAAGAAAAGGGGCAGUAGUGCACCACACCCUCCUUCUCCCAGUUUAUUUUGUCCUUUCAGCUUUCCAACACAGCCUGUAAAUCUGUUUAACCUACCUGGGUUUACUAAUUUUUCAUCAUUUGCACCAGGUAUGAAUUUCAGCCCUUUAUUUUCUUCUAAUUGUGGAGAUUUUUCUCAGAAUAUUUCUACACCCACUGAACAACAGCAACCAUUAGCCCAGAAUUCUUCAGGGAAAACAGAAUACAUGGCCUUUCCAAAACCUUUUGAAAGCAAUUCUUCUAUUGGAGCAGAAAAACAAAGGAAUCAAAAGCAGUCCACAGAGGAGGCGGAAAACAGUAGGACACCAUGGUUAUAUGAUCAAGAAGGUGAAGUUGAAAAACCAUUCAAGACUGGAUUUGCAGUGUCUGUAGAGAAAACUACAAAUAGUAAUCGCAGAGAUCAAUUAGAUACCAGCACGAGAAGACGCCAGUUUGAUGAAGAAUCCUUAGAAAGCUUUAGCAGCAUGCCUGAUCCCGUAGAUCCAACCACAGUAACGAAAACGUUUAAGGCAAGAAAAGCAUCUGCACAGGCCAGCCUGGCAUCUAAAGACAAAACUCCCAAGUCAAAGAGUAAGAAGAGGCAUUCUGCUCAGCUGAAAAGCAGAAUUAAGAAUAGUGGGUAUGAAAGUGCCAGUAUGUCUAGCACAUGCGAACCUUGCAAAAAUAGGAACAGACAUUCAGCCCAGACUGAAGAGCCUGUUCAAGCAAAAGUAUCCAGCAGAAAGAGUCAUGAGCAGUUGGAAAAAAUAAUAAAAUGUUGUAGGUCUGCAGAAAUAUCUUCAGAAACUGGGAGUGAUUUUUCCAUGUUCGAAGCUUUGCGGGAUACUAUUUAUUCUGAAGUAGCUACGUUAAUUUCUCAAAAUGAAUCUCGUCCACAUUUUCUUAUUGAACUCUUUCAUGAGCUUCAGCUACUCAGUACAGACUACUUAAGACAGAGGGCUUUAUAUGCAUUGCAGGACAUAGUCUCCACACAUAUUUCUGAGAACCAUGAAAAAGAUGUGAAAAAUAUAAAGUCAGUGAAUUCUGGUACUUGGAUAGCGUCAAACUCAGAACUUACUCCCAGUGAAAGCCUUGCUACUACAGAUGAUGAAACUUACGAGAAGAACUUUGAGAGAGAAACACAUAAAAUAAGUGAGCAAAAUGAUGCUGAUAAUGCUAGUGUCCUGUCUGUAUCUUCAAAUUUUGAGCCUUUUGCAACAGAUGAUCUGGGUAACACUGUGAUUCACUUAGACCAAGCAUUAGCCAGAAUGAGGGAAUACGAACGUAUGAAAACUGAGGCUGAAAGUAACACAAACGCAAGAUGUACCUACAGGACUAUGGAGGAUGAAAACGGUGCUGCUGCCAUGACUACUGCUAAUAAUUUGAAAGAAACUCCUAUUAGUGAAAAUCAUAGUUCACAACAACCUGUAAGUGAGAUUUCUACCGUCCCGUGUCCUAGAAUUGAUACUCAGCAGCUAGACCGACAAAUCAAAGCUAUUAUGAAAGAAGUCAUUCCAUUUCUGAAGGAGCACAUGGAUGAAGUAUGCUCUUCUCAGCUUCUGACUUCAGUAAGACGCAUGGUGUUGACCCUGACCCAGGAAAAUGAUGAGAGCAAAGAGUUUGUAAAGUUCUUUCAUAAACAGCUUGGAAGUAUAUUACAGGAUUCACUGGCAAAAUUUGCUGGAAGAAAACUGAAAGACUGUGGAGAGGAUCUCCUUGUAGAGAUAUCUGAAGUGUUGUUUAAUGAGUUGGCUUUCUUUAAACUCAUGCAAGAUUUGGAUAAUAAUAGUAUGACUGUUAAACAGAGAUGCAAAAGAAAAAUAGAAGCAGCUGGAGUGAUACAAUCUUAUGCCAAAGAGGCCAAAAGGAUUCUUGAAGGAGAUCAUAGCUCACCUGCUGCAGAAAUUGAUGCAGAAGACAGAGACAAGGAUGAGACCAAAACAGUUAAGCAGACUGAAACAUCUGAGGGGUAUGAAGGUGACGCUCCCAAAAAUGUGAGAUCUGAUAUUUCUGAUCAAGAGGAAGAUGAAGAAAGUGAAGAAUGUCCAGUGUCUAUUAAUUUGUCCAAAGCUGAAACUCAAGCACUGACUAAUUAUGGAAGUGGAGAAGAUGAGAAUGAAGAUGAAGAAAUAGAAGAAUUUGAAGAGGGACCUGUAGAUGUACAGACUUCACUUCAGGCUAACACUGAAACUACAGAAGAAAAUGAACACGAUGAUCAGGUUCUUCAACAGAACUUCGAAAAAUCAGCAGAAAGCAAAAAUGUACCAUCAGAACAAGAACCCACUACUAGUAAAGAUGACCAGGAUAGUGCUCCUAUGAAACCGUGUUACCUCAAUAUCUUGGAAAAUGAGCAACCUCUAAGUAGUGCUGUCCAAAAGGACUCGCUUACUACCACUGAUUCAUCUAAACAGCCUAGCGCUUUGCCUUUACCUUUAACUGAAAUUGAAACCUUGGUGCCUAGAGUCAAAGAAGUUAAAUCUGCUCCGGAAACUCCUGACAGUUCUCUGGCUGGAAGUCCUGAUACUGAAUCUCCAGUGUUAGUAAAUGACUAUGAAGCAGAAUCUGGUAAUAUAAGUCAAAAAUCUGAUGAAGAUGACUUUGUGAAAGUUGAAGAUUUACCACUCAAACUGACAAUAUAUUCAGAGGCAGAUCUAAGGAAGAAAAUGGUAGGAGAAGAACAGGAAAACCAUUUAUCUGGUGAAAUACGUGAAAUGCAGAGUGAAGAAUUAGCUGGGAAUUUUCAGACACUAAAGGAACCAGAAACAGUGGGGGCCCAAAGCACAUGAGAUGUCUUCAGAGGCUCAUCUGACUCUCUCUUUACAUAGUCAAUGCAUAUAUGAAAAUGGUUCUAAAUAAACAUCUGUUUUGAGCUGUAUAAAAAUGUAUAUUAGUUUGACACUGCAUUUUUGAUAGGUGUGCUAAUUUCUGCCCAUGGCAGUUAACAUAAGGAACUAACUUCUGAACACAUUCAAGCCUUGAUACACUGUGGGGUUUUCUCUUUCUCUUUCCUUUUUCCCCCCGCAUUGUGAUGUUUGGUAAUGUUGAAUUUAAAAUGUAGUUUUAAAUAAAGUUUGCACUUACCUGUAAAGUAUCUUUUUUGGAAAUUAUGUUGAAUUCCAUAUAGCAAGAUACUGCUCUAUAUAAUUAGGCUGUUCAACGAGGUAGUGGUCGGGAGUUAGAGAAAUACACUAUUAUAAAGUUAGCCGUUAUGGCAGGCUUCCAAGUAAUGUCAGUGUUACUGCUCUUGGGUCUAAUGUUCGUAUCUUAUUCCUGUGCAAGGUAGGACAGGUUAUAAAGGUUUCUGGGAUAUCUGUGAAGUUAUCGUAGAAUAUAUAUUAAUACUCUAUUCAAAUUGGAUAAAUAAGUUUAGAACACAUGUCCUUAGUACCGACUAGAUAAUUUCCAGAAUUUUAUUCCUAUCUAUGUUGUCUCCAUCUGAAAAGAAAUAUGUUUUAUAUAAUUAGAGCACAUUUCUGCACAGACAGUAACAUUAUAGUUAAUUUUAAAUGAAAAACUGAGCUCUUCCAAGUGUGGAUUAAUAGAAAUAAAUUCAUGUAUCAGAACAUUAAGGUUAUGUAUGCCUUUGGAUGAACUAUUGAGAUGAUAGUUUAAGACCAAAGCAUAGCAGUUGCUUCUGUGAGUACUGAGGGAGAUGAAGUAUUAAGUAAUGAAAAUCGACAUGACUUCAUUACUAAGUCAGCCAGCUUUUAAAAGAUGGUUUACCUUUGAUCCCAAACUUGCCAUAUACCUAGUAAGGCUCCACAGAACCAGUUAACAGUUAUUUAUUCCAGGUAUCGUUUAAAUUUGUUAAAAAAUGACAAAUACCCUAUAAAAAUUGGUUGGUAUUCCUUUAAAAUUCUUACCUGCCUGAUACCUCAGUGUAAAACUGCAGUGUCCAAUCAGGAGUAUUAAACGAACAUUUUCCUAUGAGGACAUUUACUGUGUUGCUACUUAAUUUAGAAUUGUGUGAGACAUAUAUUUCCUACUUGAGUAAAAUCUAUUCAGAAGACUGUCAUUCCAGAAUCAGGAAUUCAUAUCCAGUUGGCUUGGCUUCAGGGAAACUGAAACAAAUUUUAUGUAUGCUCCAAUUCUGUGUUUGUUUUUUAGGUUGUAUAGGAGGGGGAAACUUCAUUUUCGUACGCAAGCCAAGCCUCACAUAUUGACUCUCUCUCCCUCUGUAUGCAUGUUAAGGGUGGAUAUAAUGGAAGAGUUGUACUCGUAUCUUAGUUGUUACUGUAGUACCUAUGACCCUUAUCAGACUUGUUUGACUUAUGUUAUAGCUGCUAUAAUCAUUUUAGUAGGUAAUUAAGUUUUAAAGUACCUAGAGCUUGAGAGCAAAUAACUAGUUUCAUAUGUUUUUCUCUAGUAGCUGUUGCUAAAGAGUUAGGUAUUUAAUAUUCCUGUCUGUCUUAAUUUAUAAGUUAAAAAUUUGGUUAGAAAUAAAAGAGGGAGAAAAGGUCAAAAUGAGAGAGAACCCUACACAGGUUGGGAUCCUGCUUGCGUAGUGAGCUCAACAGACUGUGCAGGUACUCUUUGUAUUUUGUAACAUUCACUUUGGGUAAAUGCUUUUUCACUGUUAAUAAAUGUAUAUCCUGCAUAUGA